AUGAAGGUAGCGCCACCGGAGGGCACAAGACCCGACACCAUCGAGGAUUGGUGUAUUCUGGUGCCACAUCUGCUCUCACAGGAGGGUUGGCAGACCCUCGUACAGAAGCCUUCGUCCGCGCUCCUCCAGUCCCGGAGUCCUUGGGGUGACACCUUGAUCAAGUGCCUGCUUCACGAUGUUGUCGUCUUAAAUCCGCCAGAAAAUCCUGCCUACUUGUUGGUCCGGCCAGAAACGCGAGCGUGGAGCUGUCAGUGCCACCCUGAUCCAGCCGAUGUGGAAGAGGUGCGUGAAGUACGAGAGUUGCAUGCUCCCGGGGCAUGCUUGGAGAACUUCUGGGCGGACUGGCCAUGGAUCCGGCUUUGUGACACUUUGUUUGGCGUCCUACACUCACAGCGCCCGCCUGGCACCUUAUGUUUCGGGCAUUCGGCACUGCCCGUGACAACGCUUGAACGGGUAAGACGGAACUUUCCAGAGAUGGGAGACUGCUCUCUCACCUGGAGGGACCUGGGCGACCAGAGCCAAGCCUUAGCGUGCAUGUUGCUUUGCCGACGACAAGAGAAUGGGCACUAUACGGUACAUUUUGUCAUGGGGACGUCAGAGCGCUUGCAGCUGCCCAGUAGGGCAGCUCAUGCAAUUCGGCUUGUACUAGAUGCGUUCAGAUGCGAGGCCAUUCGUUACUUCAACAGACCACAGCUUACCCUGGAGCGGGAGCGGGAUAGGACGCUCUACAUGGUGCUCAGCAUGACGAGCUUUGGUUUGAGGCUACCCUUGAUCCCCUCUCUGGGUGCCCAGACGGGCGAGACUGGGCAGCUGACCAAUAUCAAGGCUGGCCAAGAGUUGGGGCUCUCAACAUGGGUCCCUUACGAUCCUGUCAUGGUGGGCAGUGGUGCGUUCCAUCUGGCGGAGUACCUUUGCCUGUUCUUCCGACGAGCCGGUGUGAAUGUACGCGCAUAUCAAUUCCUGGAUGGGCAAGAGUUACUGCCGUAUCAGUGUGUGGUGCAGCGGGAGGAAUGGAAUGCGGCCAGAGAUCGUUUCAAAUCAGUGUUUGCCUUGCAGAAGUCUGCAUACCGACGUGCCAAUGGCGGAACAUCAGUACCGAGGAUUGUCGAGGAAAACGCUCCACGCUUCUGUCGUGAGGUGGUCGGAAGCUUCUUGAAUGAGGUUAGACCCCAGUGGGAUCUUUGUAAGCCUGGGCCUGAGCUAGUGCACCAGACUUUCCUCGAAAUCCCAGAUGCCGUGGGAUUUUUGGGAGGCUUUGCAGAAGGAAGGCGCUGUCGCACAUUAUCACCGGUUUGCUGA